CCAAUGAGAGCGUUGUGUUGUCUUGUAGAAGAGGAGCAGCGAACAGACAGCUGUGCUCUACUGUCCUGCCCAAGAGAUUGGGGUAUUUUCGUGUCACUACGCAGGCAAUCCAUGGGAAAGGUCUGACAAUGUUCAGCUUUGAGGGAGAUUUCAAAACGAGACCCAAGGUUUCCCUGGGGGGAGCCAGUAGAAAGGAGGAGAAAGCUUCCCUGUUGCAUCGCACACAAGAGGAGCGCAGGAAAAGAGAAGAUGAACGGCGGAGACUGAAGAACGCCAUCAUCAUCCAGUCAUACAUACGGGGCUACCAGGACCGCAAGCAACAGCACUCCAUCCAGAGGUGUAGAUUUGAUGAGCGAGUGGGGCAGAUCCAGGCGGGCGGAGCCCAGCAGCUGGACGGAGUUAGCCUCAGCCUGCUCACCAGACAGCUCAUCUUCUUCUACAGACAGGGACCAGACGCACAGAGACUGGUCUGGCUGUGUCAGAGCCUGGUGAAACACCAUGGGCAGUUUGUGUCUCUGCUGGCGGGACCACAGAGACAGACCUGCCUUUUCCAGAUCAAGAGGAUCCUGGGCUUCUGCUGCAGGGUGCUGCUGAACUGCAGGGAGGAGAGCCUGAACGUGUCAGUUCCCAUGAGGAUGCUGGAGGUGUUCUCCUCCCAGAGAACGUAUCUCCCUGCUCUGGGAGAUGCCGACAGCGUGGCGUCGCUCCUGGAGCAGAUCCUGCACUCCAUGGUCCAGAAAGGGUACUACAGGUCCCUGUAUGCCCUGGUGAACCACCGCCUGCCGUCCAGUCUGGAGUACAGCGGUGCCCCCUCAGUGCCUUUAGCCAACACCCUCCUGGAACACCUGCUCAGACCCCUGCUCUUCAGCUACACCUCCUGCACACCUGGGGCCAGGCAGUCUGUGUUCGGGGCCUUCACCGAGGACUUCAUCGCUGCUCCUCUCACAGAGCAGAUCUUCCACUUCUUCAUCCCCGCGCUGGCCGACCGCCGCCACGGCUUCCCCUUCGAGGCCUUCCUCGGGGCCCUGGGGGCCUCCGUAUGCUCCUCCUCUUCCUCAAUAGGCCCCUCCUCCUCACACAGACAGGCCCCCUGGCUCUUCUACUUUGUCCUGUCCGUCGGAGAAAACUGCCUUGGUGGUCUCUCUGAGGAGGGUCUCCUGUUCUACUUGGGGGCCCUGAAGACCCUCCUCCCCCUCCUCCCCGUCUCCGAGAGCCACAGCAGGCCAGAGGUGGGCAGCGACUCGGAGGACGACGACGACGGCAUCCUGUCCAGUCACAUGCAGGACGACCGGCGGAUGUCUGUGCAGCUGAUAACGGAGGAAUGCGUCCACAAGCUGGACUCCAAGCAGCAGACCAACGCCCUGCUGAGUCUGGUGUGGAGGGACUCGGCCAGCGAGGAGGUCUUCACCAUGAUGGCCUCCAUCUGCCACACCCUCAUGGUCCAGCACCGCCUCAUGGUGCCCAAAGUCAGGUUGCUCUACAGUCUAGCCUUCAACGCCCGGUUCCUCAGACACCUGUGGUACCUGAUCACCUCCAUGACCACCAAGAUGAUCACGGGGUCCAUGGUUCCCCUGCUCCAGGUGAUCUCGCGUGGUUCUCCUAUGACCCUGGAGGACUCCAACAGGAUCAUCCCCCUCUUCUACCUCUUCAGCUCCCUCUUCAGCCACUCGCUCAUCUCCGUGCAUGACAGCGAGUUCUUCGGACAUGAGCUUGAAGAGGGCUUUUCUGUUCAUCCAGGAAGCAGCCAGUCGUCCAUGAUGCCCUUCAGCCUUUUAGAGCUGGUGACUCUGUCCCGCUGCCUGAGGGACGCCUGUCUGGGGAUCAUCAAGCUGGCCUACCCCGAGACCAAGACGGAGCACCGCGAGGAGUACAUGGCCGCCUUCCGCAGCGUGGGGGUCAAGACCAACAUGGAGGUCCAGCAGCGCAUCCUGGCCGAGCAGAAACGCUGGGUCCAGCUCUUCAAGGUCAUCACUAACCUGGUGAAGAUGGUGAAGGCCCGGGACAUCCGGAGGCCCUUCUGUCCUGUGGGACACUGGCUCUCCAGAGAAGUUAACAUCAGAGCUGACCGGGUCACCCAGCUGUACGUCCCCUCCGCCCGUCACGUGUGGAGGACCAGGAGGAUGGGCCGCAUCGGACCCCUUCAGUCGACACUUGACGUGGGCAUGGAGCCCCCUCAGCUGUCCGUGUCGGAGGAGAGACAUCUGGCCAUCCUGACGGAACUUCCCUUUGUUGUUCCUUUUGAGGAACGGGUCAAGAUCUUCCAGAGGUUGAUCUACGCAGACAAGAGGGACGUCCAGGGAGAUGGGCCCUUCCCCGACGGCAUCAACGUCACCAUCAGACGGAACUACAUUUACGAAGACGCCUACGACAAACUCUCUCCGGAGAACGAGCCGGACCUGAAGAAGAGGGUCCGGGUGCACCUUCUGAACGCCCACGGGCUGGACGAGGCCGGCAUCGACGGGGGCGGCAUCUUCCGGGAGUUCCUCAACGAGCUGCUGAGGUCGGGCUUCAACCCCAACCAGGGCUUCUUCAAGACCACCAACGAGGGGCUGCUCUACCCCAGCCCCACCGCCCAGAUGCUGGUGGGCGACUCCUUCGCCAGGCACUACUACUUCCUGGGCAGGAUCCUGGGCAAGGCUCUGUACGAGAACAUGCUGGUGGAGCUGCCCUUCGCCAGCUUCUUCCUGUCCAAGCUGCUGGGCACCAGUGCUGAGGUGGACAUCCACCACCUGGCCUCCCUGGACCCCGAGAUGUACCGCAACCUGCUGUUCCUCAAGAGCUACGAGGGGGACGUGGAGGAGCUGGGCCUCAACUUCACCAUCGUCAACAACGACCUGGGAGAAGCUCAGGUGGUUGAGCUGAAGCUGGGGGGGAAGGACAUACCUGUGACCACGGCCAAUCGGAUCGCCUACAUCCACCUGGUGGCGGACUACCGGCUGAACAAGCAGAUCCGAGCCCACUGCCUCGCCUUCCGCCAGGGGAUCGCCAACGUGGUCAACCUGGAGUGGCUGCGCAUGUUCGACCAGCAAGAGAUCCAGGUGCUGAUUUCCGGGGCCCAUGUGCCAAUCUGUCUGGACGACCUGAAGAAGUUCACCAACUACUCGGGCGGCUACACGGCCACCCAUCCGGUCAUCGAGACCUUCUGGGAGGUGGUGGAGGGCUUCACGGACGAGGAGAAACGCAAGCUGCUCCUCUUCGUCACCAGCUGCUCCAGACCUCCGCUGUUCGGCUUCAAGGAGCUGUACCCGGCGUUCUGCAUCCACAACGGGGGCAACGACCUGGAGCGCCUUCCCACCGCCAGCACCUGCAUGAACCUGCUGAAGCUGCCCGAGUUCUGCGACGCCAACCUGAUGAGGAACAAGCUGCUGUACGCCAUCGAGUCCUCCGCUGGCUUUGAGCUCAGCUGA